UUUUAGCUGAAGUAACUUGAAAUUUUUGUAAUUUAUUCAAAAUUAUUCGUGAAUAUAAGCAUCCUAAUAAGCAUAAUAUAUUAUACAUGAAACCACAACAAUAAACAUACUAAACCAAAGCAAGGCAAAGCUAGUAAUAAAUAUGACGGACGCAUAUUAUGCUGAUGCUAUGAAAAAAACUAAAAGGAGAGAAAGGGUCUGGUACCAAGAGCACUUGAUGCCAGCACUGCUUGCUGCUAAAGAAAAGCGGGUUCGAGAGAUUGACGCCUCCAUCGCAAUGACUAAAGAAUUAUUGGAUAUUUACAAUGAACCUGUCGUCAAACCCAAACCAGUCACUCCACAUAGCGUGGUUCCAAGUGACGACAUAAAUCUGAUGAAGCCAAUAGAGCCUGAAGUGUUAGACUUGUUGUAUGGCAGCACGGAAAAGGGGGCCGCAGAAAGAUAUCUGCAUGCUAGGUAUAAAAAAGCCCCAGAAGAUAAGUUCUAUUUCCGUCUUGCAACCAGCUUUGACUACGGCUGGCAACAGAAACAAAGCAGAAUGCGUGCACGUGACGUGAACCACGGCCGCUGUGCGAUCUUACGUGAUACUUUCUACCGCAAGAACAACUUGGCUCCGGACCCGCGGCACUAUUCGCAGCCCGCUGGCGGGGAAACGUCUAUUUGCAGCGAAUAUUCGUGUAAUUUUAACUAGCUGUGACUCCGUGGAAUAUAGCAGUACUUAUUAUUAAUGUUGUAGCUAAAAUACAUACGUCCAAUAUGAAAAUGAGUGUGAUCGUUUAAAUGUGAUUUAUUUAUUGUACUCUUCAUAUUAUGAGCAACUGUUUUUAUAAAUUAUCAUUAGCAUGUCGACGUUCUGUAGACUACUGUAAAAUAUUUCAGAAGAUUGAAAUGCAGUGUUCUUUGAACGGAAAAGUUCCAAGUAGGAGUGUAAAUAAAAUACAUUUUAUAGCAAAAAACAUAUAUUUUAUUAUUUACAAUAAUUCAACUUUUAUUUACAUAUUAACAACAGCAAAUGUACCUAUUGCGUAAGGCCACAUCACACUGUUUGGGAAUAAUCGAAUAAAAUGUAUACAAAU